ACAUCAGCAAGGUGGUGAGCUUCGUUUCGAUUGGUGGUUGCGGCUGCCAGUCAUUUCACAGCCUGCCGCUUUGGCUCCAGAUUCUGGGAGAUGUCAAAGGCUGAAACUGCUCCCUUAGUCACAUUAUAACUAGUAGGGGGGAUCUCUGGUAAGCAAUGGCCACAGCUGCUUCGAAUCCCUACAGCAUUCUCAGCUCGACUUCCAUGGUCCACCCGGACGCCUCGGUCAUGCAACAAGGGGGAAGCCCUUACCGAAACCACCAGAAACUGAUCCAAAGCGACUACCUGCAGGGCGUGCAGAGCAAUGGACACCCGAUCGGGCACCAGUGGGUGAGCAGCUUAGCCGAGGGCAGCCCUUGGUCGGCGUCGCUCGAGCAGCAGGACGUAAAGCCAGGAAGGGAAGAUCUUCAGCUUGGGGCGAUCAUCCAUCACCGAUCGACGGCGCAUGUGGCGCACCACUCCCCGCACACGAAUCAUCAUGCGGGCGCAUGGGGCACGCCCGCAUCUCACAACUCGUCAUCCAUCAACCUCUACUCCCAGACGGGUUUCUCUGUUAACGGCAUGCACGGUGGCUUAACGCCGCCGCCACCGCCACCGAGUUCUGCUCCGACCCAGAGUUUGCAUCCCGGACUACGCGAGACGCCCGAGCCCGGCGAGCUGGGAGCACACCACUGCCUCGACCAUUCGGAUGAGGAGACGCCGACAUCAGACGAGCUCGAGCAGUUUGCCAAACAGUUCAAACAGCGCCGGAUCAAACUGGGCUUCACGCAGGCCGACGUCGGGCUGGCACUCGGCACGCUUUACGGCAAUGUGUUCUCGCAGACCACGAUUUGUCGUUUCGAAGCUCUGCAGCUCAGCUUUAAAAAUAUGUGCAAGCUCAAACCGCUGCUGAACAAGUGGCUCGAAGAGGCCGACUCGUCCACGGGGAGCCCUAGUAGCAUCGAUAAGAUUGCCGCGCAGGGCAGGAAGCGCAAGAAACGGACGUCGAUUGAGGUGAGCGUCAAGGGUGUGCUCGAAACCCACUUCUUGAAGUGUCCCAAACCAGCGGCGCAGGAGAUUUCGUCGCUGGCGGACAGCCUGCAGCUGGAGAAAGAGGUGGUGCGCGUUUGGUUUUGCAACCGACGGCAAAAGGAGAAGCGCAUGACGCCGCCAGGAGAGCAGCAAGGACACGAGGUUUAUUCACACACCGUCAACGCGGACAGCUCAUCUUGUCGUGAUCUCUGACCAAGAACGCUCUCAAAAAACGGAAAUCUUGGCUUUUCAUCUUUUAUUUUUUUACGGUGGCUCUUGCUUCUCCAACUCUCGAUAUUUUUCGCUUUCGUAAUCCCUUGAUGGAAAGAAGCGAAACUUCCCGAGCCCGAAAAACAAUAAGUGAGAUAUUGCCCUUCAGUUUUGACUUUCUUUUCAAUGAGAUGGGCAUUACUGAGACAGUGUUUAUUUGUAUCGCAAAUGGACGUUCUUUACCAAAAUGUUCUUUUUUCUAUCACGAAUAUGAAAAUAUUGUGCCUAUUAAAAGACCUCCCAGCGCCUUGGUUUAAAAAAGUCUACAAUUAUACAUCAGGUUGAGUAGGCUGGUCAUUUUUACGCAUAUUAUCGCAUGGUCUUUUUUAUUUGUCAUGUUGCGUAGCUUUCCAUGCGUUAGUGUUUAAUUUGCACAUUUCUGUAAUAAGCAGACAGUCUGCAGUGAUUGUUAUCUGAUGUAUUUAAUUUCAAUCGAUUUCCAUCGCUUAUGUCGACGGCCAUUUUAUACUUCUUGCUUAAAGCUUUCAUUGAAAAGCAUUCUAUCACUUUUGUUUUAUUUUAAUCCUGUCACUUAGCUGCAAUCAUGUCACUCUCGUGUACUUUUUUCCGUUCGAUAUUACAAGAAAGAAAUAAGUACAGAACUUCAGAAGCACGUAUGUAGUUUAUAGAAAUGUUGCUCUGAAAAGCAACGCACAAGCAGACAAGUAAUAUUUUAUGGUUGUGUGGGGUUGUUUUUAGUCAUCCAUCUUUGACCACAUUACUGUGUACUGAACACUAAAACCGAACAGAAAGCUACUGUGCCAGUGAAAGAGCUGCGCAACACUAAUAGCCUAGACCUAUUUUAUUGUACACGUUCAGUAUCUAAAGUUUUAUAAUCUUAAAUACUCCUGUUAUGGUUCGUUUCCUAAAUAUUUUUUCCAAUACUGUACAGUUUUGUAUAUUACAGACUUUUUUGAAUUUAUUAAUUUAAACGAAAUACCGUUUAGUUAUUCAUGCACUUAGUGAUGUAAAACACACAAAAAAGAUAUUUUCAUGAAAGAAAUUGACGUUUUCGGCUAUUCCAAAUUUAAGGUCAAGCGAUUAUUUAUUUUCAGUAUAAAGCUUGUAUUAUGUUUCUUGGAGCAGACUGUAUAAUGUAUGUUGGAAUAAAACAACUUGUUGGUAUAA